AGCCGCACCACAAGUCGCCAGUCAGCAUCGUCUUCCUUCGCCCGAUCAGGAAGAGAAGAAAAGAGAUGGGAGGGUUCGAGCGGCAGGUGAAGCAGCGGACCAUGGAGGUGAAGGUGGCCGUGCUCAAGGGCGUCAAGGUCGUCGGCGACUUCGGCAAGAAGACGUGGAGGAAGGUCAAGACCAUCAAGCGCUGAUCCGUCCAUGAUUCAUCCCAUCCCAUCCGAUCGAUCAAUCGAGCCGUGUGUCUUGAUCCGUAUGCUAGAUAGAUAGGCUUGCAUGAUUUUCUUCGGCGGUGCUUGUAAUAUUGGUUUUGUUGGAUCUGUUUGAAGUGCCUUCUCGCCUGUUGGUUUGGUUUGA